GAUGUUUGAUCUCAACUCCAACAAUCAGCUGGUCGUUCAAUACCAUGUGCGCAUGCGACUUGGUCAGAUGCUGGGGGGGUACAAAUCCAACUGGAAGAGAGUGUUUCGCAACGUCUUUGACUUGCAGCCUACCAUGCUGAGCACAUCAGAGCACGAUGUGUAUGUGAUCGCUGAGCACAAGCCUGGUGAGGAACUCUUGCGGGCGAGGCUUUUCUACAUCUUCAAGGCUACGGGCUGUUGCUUCUGCACGCGAGCUUAUGACUUCAGUAGGAGUGGGCUGUACCAGUCGUGUCAGGUCUUCCAAGACGGAUCAGAUAUGAACUACAAGAAGCUCUUCAUCAACUUUCUGAGGAGAGCAGACGCCGACAGGGAGCUGGUGGCAUCGAUGGAGGAAGACAACGAGCGAGAGGCGCAGGCAGAGAGGUGGUGGGAACCUGAGCCGAGCAAUGCUGUUGGAGGGGGGCAGGGCAGCACCGACCAUGAGCUGGGGUCUGGCUGAGGAGAUGCGGGUGUGAAGGGCAAGGUUGUGUUGGCAAUACAAUGCGGCACUCCUUCCAUGUCGUACGACAAUCAGAAGUGAAGAUGAGAGAGCAACUCAAGCAGACAUGCAGGACUCAUGUGAUAGUCAGAAGACAUUGGUUGUUAUU